UUGUCUUAGAUUGAAUAUAGCAUUGAAUGCACUAGAAUAAACAUUGGCUAGUUUGUAUUGAGCGCAACAUUUACACGAGGGGCAGAAAUGGAGGGUGAACUUAAAAAUGUGAAACAACCAAUUCACAAGCUUGCAACUGCAGAGAAAACCGAGAAUGUGGACUACAGAACACUAAUAUAUAGUAUAGAUGUGAACUACCAAGGCAUAAUAAAUGAAUUAAAAGAUUGCCUUAGGCUAUGGUUAUAUAGGUAGUGUCUGACGAGCCCCUCAUAAUUGUUGUUCAGAUGUUGGCGGUUAUAUAUAGUGCAUGCCUAAAUUCUAGUUUAUCAACAUGCUAAAGAUGGAUGACAAUGGCAGCUUUUAGAAAGCCCUUAACCACAGAGAUAAUCGCCAUUUUAGGUAGUGAUAUCAAAAAAUGCUGUGUGAUCUUGAAGGUGAACACUCGCUUUGCAGUCAAAUAUCUAAGAAACUAACCGGAAUAUUCUUGUGAAACAUAAAGCAUGAUGUUGAAAAGAAUAUUCCCUGUUGGCUAUCCCAACAUUGACAGUCCCAACGGCUCAGUAAGGCAAAUGGCGGAUAAGUAUGUCAUGGGAUGCCUGAUUUAUUCGUUCUCUUGAGAUACCCACCUCUAUCUAGAGGAGUGUGGUAGCGAGAAAUUAUUAUAACUAACACAUACAUUUUUCUCAGUGUACUCAACACACAUUCAACCGGUUUCCCUUAAUGCAGAUAAGGGAGUAAAUGGAAUAAACGAGGAGAAAACCUCAAUGGGGUGUUGCACAUCUGCUAUAGGAAAUUUCUUAUUACGUGCUUGGUUAACCUUGAAUUGGGUGGAGGUGUUACUUACCGAUAAGGGAGGAUGAAUGGGGCCUUUGUCGAGUGCAAAAAAUAUAUCAAUUUUAAACUCUAUUAUUAACUCAUUAUUAUUAUUACAUUAAUAGAUCGAAUUUCCCAAAUUGCAUUCAAACAAUCUGCGGACUUUCAGAUUUAUGUGACAAAAAAGUGUAAAACUCGGGACUCCCAUUAAAGUUUGAUCGGACCUAGAUACACCUUUAGGGUCGUAAUUCGUCAUUUUGUCCAAGCAAUCCGAGGUCCAAUCGUUAAUUUAUGAUUUAACAGAGUUAAAGGGUGACUUUAGGCCGGUCCCAGAGUCCCGUCUCGUUUGUAGCUCGUUGGCCGCGACGCCUAUUUGGAACAUCACGAGUCCGACGUCAAAAACUAGUAAAAAGUUUUAAAUUUAGACGCCGAACGCCGGUGACCGGGCCGGUCAUAUUAACGCGACUGUACAACUGGUGUCAUAUAUUCUAUUGCGGUUUUAUAUUCCAAUAUAUUAUUAAUAAUUUUCCGCCCUAGUGUCGAAAAUGGCCUAUUGCUGGGACAACAGGGUCGCCUUUGUGGUCAAAUAUUUAUACGAUAUCGACAAUAACGGAUACCUGGACGAGAGAGAUUUCGCAUGUCUGGCCCUCAGGGCCACCAUAAUCGAGGGCAAGGGCGAAUUUAGCGUGUCGAAGCUACAAGAAAACCAGCACAUCAUGCUGAGUCUAUGGGAGGAGAUCGCCGAGCUCGCCGACUUUAAUAAGGACGGCAAGAUCACGACCGAGGAGUUUAAGCAGGCGGUGCAGCGUUGCUGCUUGAACAAACGUUACGAAGACUUCCCGCAGGCCAUGAAGAUGUUCAUCGAUUCGAAUUUUAAGAUGAUGGAUACCAAUGAUGACGGUUUGAUUGACGCGGACGAGUAUAGGUUUAGUUGCAUAACGAAGUUCCCUAUUGAAGACAUUGAGGUGGUCGACGAGGCCUUUAAUAACAUGCUCAGUGAUGACGAUAGAAGAAGAGGAGGAAUCACGCUCUCCAGGUACCAGGAACUUUACGCGGAGUUUCUGGGGAACCCCGAAGAGACUCCCGCGAUGUACCUUUUCGGACCCCUCGCGGAAUUCUUUUGCGAAUACGACUACGAAAUAGUCAACUAAUAUCCGCCAGAUGGUGUUUUACUUUAUAAAUAUAAGUCUGAAGUUGUAUUUUUUUAUGUCAGGCACCGCGGCAUUUUUGUGUGUUUUCGUUGGAAUUUUGUAUUUUUUUUAAAUUAGGGAUGUAAACAAUAAAUAAUUAUUAUUU